UUGAAUUUCAAUAUCCCAUCAGAGUGGAGACUCGGUGAAAUGCAACAAAGUUAGAAGUUUGAGGAAGCAUCAUGAAAGUACAGGACUUGGAUUACGUAUUGGUUCCUCUGGGUUUGUUGGUGUUGGGAGUAUAUCAUGUUUGGCUUCUUUAUACAAUAAUCCGCUACCCUUCUCGCACUGUUAUUGGUUUGAAUGCUCAGUCUCGUUAUCAAUGGGUUCUUUUCAUGAUGACUGAUCCCUUGAAAAAUGGGGUUUUGGCCGUUCAAACAAUCCGCAACAAUAUCAUGGCAUCAACUCUUCUUGCUACAACAGCAAUCACACUUAGCUCACUCAUUGGCGUUUUUGCGAGCAAUGACACAGAAACCAAAUUAGUUUAUGGCAAUAAAACCUCCCUUAAUUCUUCAAUCAAACGCCUUUCUAUCUCGUUAUGUUUCCUUGUUGCAUUUCUAUGUAAUAUGCAGUCUAUCAGAUACUAUGCACAUGUGAGCUUCUUAAUCACCUCACCUGCACUGAAAGGCAAAAAGGAUUUUAUUGAAUAUGUUGCAAAAACCUUGAACCGUGGAAGUUAUUCUUGGUCUCUUGGCUUGCGGGCAUUCUACUUGUCAUUUUCUCUUGUCCUUUGGAUUUAUGGGCCCAUACCCAUGUUUGCUUGUUGCUGCUUCACAUCAUUUAUUUUGUACUUCUUGGAUACAACCACUCAAAUCACACGGGAUCUUCAUAUCAAGUCAUUCAAGGAGAGGGAAACUGAGGAUAUGGAAGCAGCAUAGGUCCAUCAUUGUAACUAUUGUUGAACUUGGUUACAAUUAUCUUUUAGCACAUGGUAAUUUUUCUCAAAGUUCAGUUGCAGAUUUUCUGUAAUUAUCUCUGUAAUGAUAAUGAUAUUGAUAACAAGCCUUGAAGCAGUGGUAAGAUUGUUUCUCUGAGACCGGAAGGUCAGUGGUUCAAGUUUAAGAAAUAUUAAUAUUUAUUGAAAAGUAUGAGUGCAAU